CCGGUUCUCAGCUGCACUUUCCUCAGAGCAGCAGGGAUCGACACCGAUCAUCAGGGCACUGAUGAUCAGUGCCCUGAUGAUUGGUGCCCAGCAGUGCCACCCACCAGUUCUGCCCACCUAUGUCUAGCAGUGCACCAACCUGUGCCCAGCAGUGCUCACCAGUGCCACCCAGCAGUGCCACCUACCUGUGCCCAGUAGUGCCACCUACCUGUGCCCAGCAGUGCCACCCACCUGUGCCCACCAGUGCCACCCACCAGUGCCCAUCAAUGCAGCCCAGCAGUGCUGCCAGUCAGUGCCACCAGUCAGUGCCCAGCAGUUGCGCCAGUCAAUGCCUACCAGUGCCACCAGUCAGUGACCAGCAGUGA